GACGCAGAUGCAGCUCGUAGGGGCCUCGCCGCUGCCACCCCAGGGUCUCGCCCAGCAGCUACAGCAACAGCAGCAGCAGCAGCAGCAGCAGUUAGUGCCCCCGCAGGCCCUGCCUCUGCUGCUGCGUCUGCCGGCGCUCUCUGGGGCUCAUCUUCGCUGCUGCGGGUUCGAGCCUCACUGCUUGGAGGGCCGCGUGGGCAGCACAGCAGCAGCAGCAGCAGCAGCAGCAAAGGACGGCAGCAGCGCAGCAUGGAAUGCACCUCUUUGGGGCCUCGAAGUGCCUGGGGGGCCUCUUGAGCAGCUGCCCCGGGGGGCCCCCGGGGCCCUAGGACUCGCGGGGGGCCUCCCCUAUGACCUUGUUGGUUUGCUGCUGCACCUGCAGCUAAGCUGCGGGGCCCAGGGGCAGCAGCAGGGGCCCCCCGAGGCCUCGCAGGGGGGGCCCCCAGCAGCUGAGGGGGCCCUCUACUUAAUGACUGGGGGCCUCCAGAUUUGCUGCGUGCAGCUGCGGAGUGGGGGGCCCCCUGAGGGGAGCAGCAGCAGCGCUUCCCAAGUGCCCCGGUUCCUGGAGCCUGCCCGUGCUGCGCUGCAGCAGCAGCAGCAGCAGCAGCAGCAGCGGCUUGCCUGCGCAUGCAUCGAGGGAGUCGAGUUUGAGAGGUAUGAUGUUGCUGCUAACUUCUGGGUCUUCAGGGGAGUGACCCCGCUGCUGCAGCUGGCAGUUGGUGCUGCUGCUGCUGCAGUUCAGCAGCCGCUGCUGUCUCAGGAAGCAAAGGCGCUGCAAGCCGCCGUUGCUGCUGCUGCAGGUGCAGCAGCGACGGCAGCAGCUGCAGCGAGCGCCGCAGGCGGCGCUGCUGCCAGUUCAGCAGCAGCGGCUCCGCCAGCUGCUGCUGCUGCUGCACUUGUUGCUGCAGCUGCUGCUGCGCGGCACCGCGUGCUGCAGGUGACCCUAGCAGCCCGGGGCCUCUGA